AAUUACUUUUGUUUAUAUCUAAUUACAUGAAUUAAUUUUAUUGUGCAAUAUAGUUUUUAUUUUAGAUUCUUCAUACCAUCCCAGGCAGCAUAAAACAUUGCAACAAUAUUGCAGCAACGUUAUAAUAUUGCUACAAUGUUUUAUGUUAUCUGAAAUGCCCUCAAGUUAUGUAAAUGUAAUUAUGUCUUUUAUUGUUGGAAUUAUUACGUACUGUUGUUAUUAAUAGAUUUAUUAGUAUUAUUUUAUAUUUAACUUUUUUUAUUUUAGCUAAUGAAUGUGUUAGAAAACUCUUAAACAAAGUGAAGAAAGAGAAGAAUUUGAUUAAAUAGACUACAGAAAAAGAAAACUUUUCUAUAACAGAUUUGUAUGAUAGUAAGAUUUUUUCAGCGUAUUCACAACUUGGAUUUUGCAUUAUUAUUUAAUUUUAUUAUUAGUUUAUUAAUAGAUUUAUUGUCAUUAUUAUUAAUUACUGUUUCAUAUAUUUAUAACAAUAAAUUAUAACAAUAAUAAAUUUGCCCAAAAACUUUCUAAUAUACCGAAGAAAAAUUUAAUUAAACGAACUGACAGAAAAAUCUUCUACGAUAGAUUUGUGGCAUAGUAAGAUAUUUUAGCGUAUUCUCAAAAUUCCGAUUUAACGUUAUUAUUUAUUUUCAUUAUUAUAUACAGGCGCUAUUAAUAGAUUUAUUAUUAUUAUUAUUAUUACUAUUAUUAUUAGGAAGAAUGGGGUAAAUCGGAUUGUGUUCCAAAUCGGACAUUUUAAUUUAAAUGAAUACGAUUCAGUAGAUUUGCAUGCCAUUUAUAAUGUGAAGUCCUCAAAAGACACCGAACAUGUGACAACAAUUUGACAGUUCUCUGUUAUAUCAUUCACAAAAUAGACGCGAAUAUGUAUUUUCAGCCAUCGUGCAGAAAUUAAAAAAAAAAAAUCCUUGUAAAUCAUUAUUUAAAAGGUAUUAAAAACGUAAAAGAUUAUUAAAGAGUGUAGAAUUAAAAAAUAUCAAUUAUUUUGUGAUUUCUUUUGCAGUUUAUUGUAAAAAUUGUUCCAAAGGACUCGUGUUCAAAUCGGACUUUUACGUCGGAAUUGCAACCUGAUCGUAGCACUAAUAAUCUGCCGACCAAAUCUAGUCCUAGAAAUGUUAAAUUAGUAAAAUAUUAGGAGUCAUCAGACUCGGAAUAAUUGAAUUUUAUUGAUUUCAACUCUAAUUAUAUAAUAACAAUAUCAUAACAUGACCGAAAAACAUCUUACUAUAUAAACUGUUACUAAUUUGUUCUUUUUUAACAAAAUUUUUAUUUUUUUAGUAUCAAAUUGCUCGUUUUUGAUUAAUACUAAAAAAAAAUACGUUAUAAUCUUUUAAAAUUUUAUUUAAAAGUUGAUAAAAAUGGGCGUGUCUGAGUUGGACUAAGGGAUGGUCCAAACCAGUAAUUCCUAAUUGGACCGGAAAAAGCGUUUUUACAUUUUCCAUUAUAGUUCAACACAGAUGACAGAUGUAUUAAAAUGGUCCGAAGCAAAAAUGAAGGAAAUUAAAUUAUCUUCUUAUUGGCACGAUUAGUUUUACAAUCGGACUUUAUUUGCGCUUUAUAGAAAGCAAAAACUGCAGCUAGGUCUAAUUUACACUAUCCCCAAAUUAUACUAUACUAUUGCAUUAAUUUUAUUUAACAAUGAUUUUGACCGAGAACCCUCCAGUAUACCAAUGGAAAAUUUAAAUAAACAAAUUGCAACAAGAAAAAGAACUCUACUGUGACGGAUUUGUAGAAUAAUGAAACAUCUUUCGAUAUUGUAUUAGAUGCCAAUUUACCUAUUGGAGGUAUAGUCGGAGUUUCAAAUAAAGAACUAGAUACGCUAUCAACCAAAGUAGAGGGUCUUAUGCAAGAUAUAAAGGUAGUUAGGAACAAAAUUUUAAAUCAAGUGCAGUCUAACAAAAAUGCAAAAUUGGAUAAUAACAUAUUUAAAAAAAUAUAUAAUAUUAAGUUUCUAUUAAAUAACAAAGAAGACUUUAACAACUUUAAUGAUCGUCUUAACAAUGAUACCCAAUUUUGAUCAAAUUUUCCUAUACAGCAAUAGAGAUCUGUAGAAUAUACUAAAAUUAUUGCGGAUAUACGAAAUAUAUCUCAAUUUUCUAAAGAUAUCAUCAGUAUUUUAUAAUAAGUAAAUUAUAAAUUCCCGUAUAAGAUAUUCAAGAGAUAUCUUAUUCUAAAAAAAAUAUCUUAUUUAUAUAGGACUUAUAAAAAAUAAUAAAAAUAAAUGUACGAGCAUUUUAUAUUAUAAGGAAAUAACAGUAUCGUGCACUGAAAGUACGUAACAUCUUCUCAUCUAUAUGUUCGGCAUUCGUGGACUGAAUUUCUAAAGCGGAUGUAUGCAUGUACAUAUAUGUAUGUGUGUACACACACCCACGGUCAUCGAUUCUGUCCUUCGGAAAAUUUUCCAAACUGAGAAGUCACUAUCUUUCUAUAUACUCGCAGUUCAUGAUUAACAUAACGUCAGAGCUUAAAGGUACAAUUUCAUGGUGUCUCUUGUCGCCGAGAUAAGUAGUCACGUGACCAAAUUAUGUCCAGUUCUUGUCGCUAGCGAUGCCGAAGAAAAGUAGGAUUGAAUCCAACUUCUAGCGACGUCGCUUCACGUGAUUAUCAAGUAAAUUUGAAUAUGGAUCUGCAAGAUAUAGCUGUUGUACAUACCUGCGGGAUAUGUGAAACAAUUAUUGAUCAAAACGACAUUCCGAUGCAUGAUUGUAUAAGAGCAUACAAAAAGUUCUUCGUGGAUAAUAAUUAUUAUUUUUAUCCAGUAACAGGUGAUAAUCGCAUUGUUCGACGAAGCCUUGUCAAUAACAAAGAAGUCGUCUUGCCGGUUCGUGAAAAGAUUAGUGGAACUAUAACAACACUUUCGUCAAACGAAUUACAAGCUGAAAAGGAAAAUAGGUCUCAUAAUGAGAGAGACAAAAUCGCAAAGUCUACAUUAAAUUACGAUGACGAGGAACUUUUAAUUUUAUUAGUUCAAGAACGAAGGCCCCUGUGGGAUUUUACUAUUCCAUUAGAACAGCGAUGUCAACGCAUAACAAAAAAACUCUGGGAUGAAGUGUCAGAAACAUUGAGAGGUAAACUUAGUGGUGAAGAAGCAAAAAAAAAUUUAAAAAUUUACAUGACGCCUAUAGACGAAUAAUAAAUACUGAAAAACGCCCUAGUGGGUCGGCUAGACCUCUCCCUACAAAGAAAUGGCACCACUAUGAAUCCAUGGAGUUUUUGCGUGACUUAUGUCUUGUCAAAAAGGGAAAAGUUUCUAAUAUUGACGCUAUUGAUGUCGAUGACUCUGCGAGUAACAUUGGCGAAUCAAUAAAUGAUGAUGCAACUUGUGAUGGCCCAUCAGAGGCAUCAGGUACAACAACUAAAAAGAAGAAGACCUCGGGACAGCAGUCCGAUGCAUUAGAUAGAAUUGCCGAUUCACUCUGUCGACCAUCAACUCCACUUGUAUUACCACCAGCACCCAAAUGUGAUGAAAUUGAUUCGUCAUUAGCAGUAAUCGGAUGGAGGUUAAGACAAAUGAAUCCAACACAACAAUUACAUGUCAUUCAGCAAAUGAUGAACCUAACUUUUGAUGUACUCACAAAAAAUUAAGUUUUAUUAUUUUUUUAAAAGCAUACAUCUGUUACAUUUUUAUAAUAAAGUUUAAAUCAACUCCA